AUGGAAAAUAUAACUGGACCACCAAGAGCUCCUGUUAGGAGACGCACAACUCCUGGAGUUAAUAAGACUGUUUCACGAUCUGGAGGAAGUUCUUCUACAAUGAUGAGAUUAUACACUGAUGAUGCACCAGGAUUAAAAGUAGAUCCAGUUGUAGUUGUCGUUCUUUCUCUUGCCUUUAUUGGAUCAGUAUUCAUCCUUCAUAUUUGGGGAAAAUUCACAAAAGCUUAA